AUGGAUUCAGAGCUCAAGGAUUAUUAUAACAAGACAUUUGCUGGUGAGAACAAUACUGCUUCCAUUCGGAAUUCUGAUUUCCCAGUCUGGGAUGACUAUAAAAGCAGUGUUGAUGACUUGCAGUAUUUUUUGAUUGGACUCUAUACACUUGUAAGUCUUCUUGGUUUUAUGGGGAAUCUACUUAUUUUGAUGGCUCUCAUGAGGAAGCGAAAUCAGAAGACUACAGUCAACUUCCUCAUAGGGAACCUGGCCUUCUCCGAUAUCUUGGUUGUGCUGUUCUGCUCACCUUUCACACUGACCUCGGUCUUGCUGGAUCAGUGGAUGUUUGGCAGGGUCAUGUGUCACAUUAUGCCUUUCCUUCAGUGUGUGACGGUUCUGGUUUCCACUUUAAUUUUAAUAUCCAUCGCCAUUGUCAGGUAUCAUAUGAUAAAACAUCCUGUAUCUAAUCAUUUAACGGCUAACCAUGGCUAUUUCCUGAUUGCCACUGUCUGGACACUGGGUUUUGCAAUGUGUUCUCCUCUCCCAGUGUUUCACAGCCUCGUGGAACUUCAGGAGACCUUUGGCUCAGCAUUGCUGAGCAACAGGUAUCUAUGUGUCGAGUCAUGGCCAUCUGAUGCAUACCGAAUUGCUUUCACUAUCUCUUUAUUGCUUGUUCAGUAUAUUCUGCCCUUAGUUUGUCUAACUGUAAGUCAUACUAGUGUCUGCAGGAGUAUAAGCUGUGGAUUGUCCAACAAAGAAAACCAACUGGAAGAAAAAGAGAUGAUCAACUUAACUCUCCAUCCUUCCCAAAAGAGUGGGCCCCAAGUGAAGCUCCCCAGCAGCCAGAAGUGGAGCUACUCCUUCAUCAGGAAGCACAGAAGGCGGUACAGCAAGAAGACAGCCUGUGUGCUGCCUGCCCCAGCUAGGCCGCCUCUGGAGAACCGCCCCGGAAGGCUUCCGGAGCACGCGGGCCCCAGGAAGAGUCCGCUCCCUUCAUCCAGUAAGUUCAUACCAGGGGUGCCCACCUGCUUUGAGGUGAAACCGGAAGAAAACUCAGAUGUUCAUGAGAUGAGAGUAAACCAGUCUAUCAUGAGAAUAAAAAAGAGAUCUCGAAGUGUUUUCUACAGACUGACUAUCUUGAUAAUUGUGUUUGCGGUGAGCUGGAUGCCUCUACACCUUUUCCACGUGGUGACCGAUUUUAAUGAUAACCUGAUUUCAAACAGACAUUUCAAGUUGGUGUAUUGCAUAUGUCACUUGCUAGGCAUGAUGUCCUGUUGUCUUAAUCCAAUUCUGUAUGGAUUUCUUAAUAAUGGGAUCAAAGCUGACUUAAGGUCUCUUAUACACUGUCUGCAUUUGUCAUAA